GUUCUGUAAUAGAGGCAAAGAUGUGGGGCAAUUUAUAUAUUGUGGAAGGCAGGGUGCAAGUACAAAAAUAUGAUAGAUUGGGCAUGUUAUUUGCACUUCACAGCCUGCCUUCCAUGUUGUAAAUGACCCCCCAUAUAUCUCCUUAUUUUUUUUCUCAAUAUACACAAAACCCAUAAGUAUGUAUGUGUUCCCUUUAAUAGUAGAGUGCCUUGUAGUCUCCCCUAGUCUGGCAAACAGAACACAGGGCAACAUGCUGUAGGUGUAACCUGAAUACAGAUUCUGCUCUGGCCCCUUGUACACUAAACAUCGGCCCCAUUUCUUGCCAAAUUUUUAACAUUACCAAUUACCAGACUAUCCAUGAGUCACCCUCUCCUUUUUUUUCCUCCUCCCCAGCUGAGAAAAGAAAGGGGGAUCUGAGAGGUGUAGGCUGCACAGCCCUGUCCAUUGCAAGCAUCAAGAUUAAAACAAUAAUAAAUACAUUUACACAGGAACCUCUCUCCUCCCCCUUAUCCCUCUUUGUAAAAGUGCUGUUCUUUAAAGUUUUUUCUUCCCCUUCUUCCUUGCAGCUUGAUGGAAAUGUAGAAAGCUCUGUAGAGCUCUGUCUAAUCACAGGCAUAGGAAAAGGAAAUUGUUGUAAGUGCAUCCUCAUCUGCGCUCAUACACACACACACACAAAAGUUUCCUCUGAGCUGGAAACAGUAUUUUCAUCUCUCAUUGAACAUAUUCACCGUGGGGAGAGAAGAAGCGGAUUAAAGUCCAGAGACUUUUGGAUUAACUCUUUCUACUUGUACUCCAAUUCUAAAGUUUCGGUGAGCGCUACACACCUUUUUCAUACAGUGGCGACUUUAUUUCAAUUUUUGUUAUUUUUAUUUUCCUUUACUGGGAAUAAUACUAUCUGGCAAGAUAUUUUACUACGGUGGUAUUCCAUUCUCUGCGGAGGGGAAAGCUGGAAAUGAAGAGAGUUGUUUGCGUGUUCUUCUGCAUAUGGCUUAUCACUAUUGAUACGACAGAUCUGGUGUGUGGAUAUUCUAUGACUCCACCUACACUUAACAUCACAGAGACUGAAUUUGUCAUCAACUCAAAUGAUACAUUAACCAUCAGCUGCAGGGGACAGAGACCCCUGCAGUGGUCUUGGCCAGGGGGCUUUACAGACACAGAUACCAAGGAGAAAGACUCUAAAGUGACGAUAAAUUUCAGUGAUACACGCAGUGUGACUGAGGAGGACUGCGAGGGAAUUCCUAGCAAACCUUACUGCAAGGUGUUCCGGCUGACAGGAGCUCAGGCUAAUGACACAGGCUCUUACUGGUGCCACUACAAAUUUAUCAAUGUCAGGAUCAAAGGGACUACAGCUGCCAGCGUCCAUGUCUUUGUUAGAGAUUGGGAGCAGCCAUUUAUUAACACUCCUGGGGCACUGCUGGUAUAUAAGGAGAAAACUAGAGUCCCAUGCCUUGUGUCAAUUCCAGACCUCAAUGUUACUCUCCAUAUGCAAAGCUCAGAAAUCAUCACUCCAGAUGGAGAACGUGUUACAUGGGACAACAAGGAAGGGAUUUUGGUCCCUACUGAUUGGAUAAGAGACUCCAUUUUUUUACACUGUGAGACAGUUGUUGAAGGAAAAGUCUUUGAAUCAAACUACUUCCUUGUCCAUUUAACAGGCAGUCAGUUUUAUGGCAUGCAUCUCUACCCUAAGAAUACAGAGUUGCUAGUAGGAGAUCAGCUAAUACUGAACUGCACUGUGACGGCUGAAUUCAAUACACCAGUCAACUUUAAUUGGGAUUAUCCUGGUAAAGAGGUUAAUAGAUUUGUACACUCCGAUCGUCAGGCCCAGCAAGAUCAUACAGAGAUGUACAGCACGCUUACUGUGCCCAGUGUCAGCCUGACGGACCUCGGAACAUAUGUGUGCCAUGCAAUAAGCGAGACAUGGCAUCACAUGGAGAGCAGCGAGGUCAUUGUUCACGAAAAGCCAUUCAUCACUUUGGAGACAAAGGACAAUUCAGUCACUGAAGCCACAGCUGGAGACAAGACGGCAAAAUUGUUGAUUAAAGUUUCUGCUUACCCCCAGCCCUCAUUCCAAUGGUAUAAAGAUGGGAAGCUGAUACCUGUUGGUACCAUUUACAGCAAAUAUCGGCAGUCCCAACGCACGCUGCAGAUUAGGGACAUCACAGAGCAAGAUGCCGGCAUUUACAGACUGGUGCUGAGAAAUGAACAGGCUGACCUGGAAGAGCAAAUCAGUUUGAGACUGGUGGUGAAUGUACCCCCACAGAUCCAUGAAAAGGAGACUUCCUCGCCAAGUAUAUAUGCCCAGGGAAGUCGCCACACUCUUACUUGCACAGUGUUUGGUGUUCCAGCUCCAGCAGCUGUUCAGUGGCUCUGGAGGCCUUGGACUCCAUGCAAGAUGUAUACUCGCCGCAGUGUAACCAGACAAAGGUCUUCCCGAAGGCAUCAGCGCGACAGAAUGCCUGAGUGCAAGGACUGGAAGGAGGUGACCCAAGAGGGAGCUGUGAAUAGCAUUGAAACCAUUGAGACUUGGAGCGAGUAUGUGGAAGGACGGAACAAGACAGUAUCCAAGCUGGUGAUCCAACAAUCCAACCUCUCCAUCAUGUAUAAAUGUUCUGCUUUUAAUAAAGCUGGGCGAGACGAACGACUUAUUUACUUUUAUGUUACAACAAUCCCUGAUGGCUUCCGCAUAGAGCCACAGCCAUCAGAAGAGCCGAUAGAAGGGCAGAAUGUCAGCCUGAGUUGCCAUGCAGAUAACUACACCUAUGAGAACCUUCAGUGGUAUCGCCUCAACCUCCUAACCCUGCAUGAUGCUGAGGGGAACCCACUUGUACUAGACUGCAAAAAUGUGCAUCAAUAUGCAGCUCGCAUGGAAGGGCAAUUACAAUUCCAGACCGGUUCAAAUAGUGCUGCCCUUGUUCUCAACAUACCGAAUAUCUCUCUAGAAGAGGAGGGUGAUUAUGUUUGUGAAGUGCAGAAUCGCAAGACCCUGGAAAAACACUGCCAAAAGAAAUAUAUAUCUGUACUGGCACAGGAAGCUCCAUAUCUGCUUCAGGACUUAAGCAAUAAGAUAGUGAAUGUUAGUGAUUCCAUGUUGAUGAAAUGUCGGGCUGAUGGAACCCCUAGUCCCAGUAUCAUGUGGUACAAGGACAGCAAGUUAGUUGAAGAGGUCUCAGGAAUUGUCCUUGGAGAGAUGAAUCAGACACUAAGCAUUCAGAGGGUUCGAGAAGAGGAUGCCGGGAUGUAUCUUUGCAGGGCAUGCAAUGGAAAGGGCUGUGUAAACUCUUCUGCUAGCGUAUCUGUGGAAGGUAUAGACGAUAAGACAAAUGUUGAAAUUGUCAUUCUCAUAGGCACUGGGGUCAUUGCUGUUUUCUUCUGGAUUCUCCUUAUACUGAUUUUCUGUAACAUUAAGAGGCCCAAUCAUAGUGACAUAAAGACUGGAUAUCUCUCCAUUAUCAUGGACCCUGGUGAAGUUCCUCUAGAAGAACAGUGUGCAUAUCUUCCAUAUGACUCCACAAAGUGGGAGUUUCCUCGGGACAGGCUGAGACUUGGAAAAGUCCUGGGUCAUGGAGCAUUUGGUAAAGUGGUGGAGGCCUCUGCUUUUGGGAUCAGUAAAAGCAGUAGUUGUGAAACUGUAGCAGUGAAAAUGCUGAAAGAGGGAGCCACUGCCAGCGAGCACAAAGCGUUAAUGUCUGAACUGAAGAUUCUCAUUCACAUUGGAAACCAUCUUAACGUAGUAAACUUGCUGGGUGCAUGCACCAAAUCCAAUGGACCCUUGAUGGUGAUAGUAGAAUUUUGUAAAUAUGGGAAUCUCUCAAAUUAUUUACGGACCAAGCGAGACGGUUUCAUUCCUUACCGUGAGAGAUCGCCUCGGGCUCGCAGUGAGGUCAGAUCAGUGGUGGAAGCAGUGAUAGCUGACAGAAGGAGCAGAGAAGGAAUCAAUGAAGGAACUCUUUUUAGCAGACUCCUAAUGACUAAGAACCAGAGAACCCCAGAGUUGAAAGACUUAUGGCAGAGUCCUUUAACUAUGGAAGAUUUGAUCUGUUAUAGCUUUCAGGUGGCCCGUGGGAUGGAGUUCCUCGCAUCACGAAAGUGUAUUCACAGAGAUCUGGCAGCUCGGAAUAUCCUGCUCUCAGAGAACAAUGUGGUGAAAAUCUGUGACUUUGGUCUGGCCAGAGAUAUUUACAAAGACCCUGAUUAUGUCCGCAAAGGAAGUGCACGUCUGCCACUGAAGUGGAUGGCACCAGAGAGCAUUUUUGAUAAGUUGUAUACAACCCAGAGUGAUGUCUGGUCGUUUGGGGUACUGCUGUGGGAAAUCUUCUCACUGGGGGCUUCUCCUUACCCUGGAGUCCAAAUUAAUGAAGAGUUUUGCCAGCGGCUGAAGGAGGGAACACGUAUGCGAGCGCCAGAAUAUGCUACAGCUCAAAUUUACCGAAUCAUGCUGAGCUGCUGGCAUGGAGAUCCCAAGGAACGGCCAACAUUUAUUGACCUGGUGGAGAUCCUUGGUGACCUUCUUCAGGAAAAUGUACAACAGGAAGGAAAAGACUAUAUCCCCCUGAAUGAUUCACAAAGCUCUGAAGAUAUUGAAACUUCACAAGCCCCUAUUUACCCUCAGCAUAUCUCUGAUGAGGAAGAAUGUGACAUGAGGCUGCACUGCCAUAAUCUAGCUGUAAGAUACUAUAACUGUGUAUCAUUUCCUGGAUGUUUCACUGGGGGCAACCAAAUCCGCUGCCCUUCACAGCUCAAAACCUUUGAGGAGUUACCCAUGACAAGCAUGGCUUCUAAAAGUCACCAAGACAGUCAGACAGACAGUGGAAUGGUGCUGGCAUCGGAAGAACUGGAAAGGAUAGAAAAAGAGCACAGAACAGGAGGAGGACACAGUAAAGGGUCUCGGAGAAACAAGGAUUUACCACCACAACACUCAUCCCCAUACCACAGGAGUCAGGCUUCAUAUCCAGCUCAUACUGGGGGCCAGACAUUUUACAACAGUGAAUAUGGGGAGCUCUCAGAACUCUCAGAGGGGGAUAGUUAUACUCCCCCGGGGGGUUGUGCCAGUCCAGGGAUCAUCCAUGCAUCGUUCUUUUCAGAUGAGAACUAAGGACUUUUCAGGCAAGGAGAGGUCCUGAAUAUAUUUGUAGGACUUUCUGUACUCUUAAUAUACUCUGCAUACAACAAAUCUGAAGGGGUAACAAAACAGUUUCAACCCCCCAAAAGGCUGAGACAGAGACACUGGACUAUUCUAUUACAGCCAUUGGACAUGUGCAGAAAAGACAAGAGGAUACAGUGGACGUUAUCCCUGAAUUUGAGAAUCUUUGAAGGGGAAAAAAGUAUUUUUAGCCCAUCGCCAAUGCCCUCUGGCUACAAAAAAGGCACACAACUUAUGCAUAAAAUUAUGAUACAAAACCAUUGUUCUUAUAAGUAACUGAUCACAUACCUACUACAGGAAUUAUCUGUUUUGUUUAAAUCAUGAAAUGCAAGUUAGCAAAACCCUUGUCUCGUAUGAAAGCUCUAGAUCAUGCCCUUAUGUAGGAAAACAAUCUUUGGGAGAGAUACUUGGGAUUAUGGGAAAAAGACACAAGAAAAGGGUAAUCUUGUAAAAGUCAGAACUUACAAGCAAAGUCUACUUAUGAAAAUGUUUUGCAAGAUUAUACCUUUACCCCCUGACAUGUUCAUUUGAAAAUUACAAAUGGAAAAUAAUAAAAUAAGAUUUAACCCCUUUUAUGCUGCACUGUGAACUUGCUGCACAUAGCCUUUACAAUUUAAUAGUACUUAAAGAAAUUGUCCAGUGUAAAAAUAAAACUGGGUAAAUAGGCUGUGCAAAAUAAAACAGUUUUCUAAUAUAAUUAGCAAAAAUGUAAUAUAUAAAAGCUGGAGUGACUGGAUGUCUAACAUAAUAGCCAGAGCACUACAUGCAGCUUUCAGCUUUCUUGGUUUCCACUGAUUCGGUUACUUGAGGGGGAGGGCACAUGUGUCAUAACUGUUGCUUUUGAAUCUGAGCUGAAUGCUGAGGAUCAAUUGCAAAUUCACGGAACAGUUAUGUCCCAUGUCGCUGACUGACUUAGAAAAGCAGGUUGGGUUCUGUUUUGUUCUGUUAGACAUCCAGUCACUCCAGCCAUUAUACAUUACAUUUUUGGCUAACUAACUAUAUUAGAAUUUUUUUUAAUUUGCACAGCCUGUGUAUUUACCCAGUUUUUAUUUUUUACACUGAACUGUUCCUUUAAAAGGUUAAACAACUAAUUAAGAUCAACAUCCAUUUUAAGAAUGGCUUGAUUUUUCGGACAGACAUAAUAUCAAAGGCUAUUGUGAUACUAAGCUCUAUAGUUAGUAUAGGUAUGGGUAUAUAGAAUUUAAUUAAAAGUAGGGAGUGGUGUGUGU